UGGGAACCAUCAUCGCAGUCUGUGUUUCUGUCCGGAGCCCUUUCCCAAAGGCCCAGGCGCCCCGCCCCCACCUUCCUCCCCUAGACCCUCUUCUCAGUCCCCCGGUCCUCUCUCCCUUUACUGGCGCCGCUAGCUCCUGGGGGACCUCCAGAGCCCCACGUGCCGCCGCCGCCUGCCACCAGGGGAGUAGCCCGGGGCCGUUCCGGCGUCGCCCGGACCCGAGAGGCUGCUGCACCGGGUACGGGGGCCGGGAGGCGGGCGAGGGCCGCGGAGGGGGCGGGGCCGGGCGUGCGGGGAUCUGCGCGCGGGGCGGGGAGGACGGCCCUGCGGGCUCCGAGCGGGCGCUGCCCACAAUUCGCGUAGAGGCUCGGAGGCCGGGCCACGGGUGGACCUUUGGGGAGCGCUAGGACCUAGAAAGAUCUUGGGGUGGGUGGGCGUGGACUAGAGAGCCUGGAGGUAGCUGGCCAGGGGAGGGGUAGAGGUGUUCAGGGAGGUGGCUAGCGCUGGUUGGUACCGGGGGUCCUAACGUGGUAGCCCGUAUGAGAAGCCUUGGGUGUGUAUAGAGGGGUAGACAGGCUUCUGGGUGCAGUGUGUAGGGCCAGGAGCAGUAGACAAGGGACAGAGAGGCCUGGAGGUCUGUUGGGUGGGGCCUCCAGAUGCCCUGCGGGCUGGCCAGAGUAGAGGGGCACCCGGUGACCUGAGGAGGGCACAAAGGGUUAAGACAGUGAGGCCUCAGCCACCCUCCGGAUGCUGGUGCUGCCGGCCCCUUGCCCCCAGCCCCUCGUGCUGCCCUCGGUUGAGGCCAUGGAGGCCCCUCCCCCUCAGACAGGCCGGUCCCCAGAACCCGGACCUUCCUCCUCCACAGGAUCUCCCCAGACCUCAUCCCCUCCGAGACCCAACCAUUACCUGCUCAUUGACACCCAGGGUGUCCCAUACACCGUGCUGGUGGACGAGGAGACUCAGAGGCAGCCCGGGGCUGAUGGGGCUUCACCUCAGAAAAAGUGCUACAGCUGCCCUGUGUGCUCCCGGGUCUUCGAGUACAUGUCGUAUCUCCAGCGACACAGCAUCACCCACUCGGAGGUGAAGCCCUUCGAGUGUGACAUCUGCGGGAAGGCAUUCAAGCGGGCUAGUCACCUGGCACGGCAUCACUCCAUUCACCGGGCCGGUGGUGGGCGGCCCCAUGGCUGUCCGCUCUGCCCUCGCCGUUUCCGCGAGGCGGGCGAGCUGGCCCAGCACAGCCGGGUUCACUCGGGGGAGCGACCGUUUCAGUGCCCGCACUGCCCCCGCCGGUUUAUGGAGCAGAACACGCUGCAGAAGCACACUCGGUGGAAGCAUCCGUGAACCGGGUUGCAGGGUACCCCAGGUACCAUGGGAUCUGAGGGAGCCUGGACUCCUGUCGUCCUCAGACACCCCGCGAGCACCCGAGGCUUGGUCGUGGGGCCUGGGCACAAACACAGACCCAUCUCUUGUGGAGGCUGAGUCCUGCUGAAGCAGGGGCUCACAAAUAAUCUUCAGGUCCAUGUGUUUUCGAGAUAAGAUGGGAACAAGAUGUCACAUUCAGAGCAGAGUCCUCUAGCCUCAGGACAUCAGCUAUGCCACUACUGAGCCCUGCCGGGUGGGGCAGGGGGAGCACUAGGUGUGCAAAUUCUCCAGCUGGAAAACAGAGUUGAGGGCCAACAGGAACUAUCUUCCUGAGGCUUCCAGGCUUAUGUUGGGAGCAGGGUCCCCAAACCUGCCUCCUACUUCCCAGCCACAGCCCGAGACUGGACACCCAAUAAACCUGUUUUUCACUUUGA